AUGAUAAAGUUAUUAUUAUUUGUAUUGUUGUCGAUUAUUUUGUUGGUGGUAUCUGCCAAAAAGAUUCAAGCACCACCACCAACACCAACAUCAUGGGUGACUGUUGAAGCAUUCAAUGAGGCUAGGUGUCAUGAAAAAUCUAGUAUUGGUGGUUUGGUGAUUGGAUCAAAUGUUGUAUGUUAUAGACAUCAAGUAUUGUCAUGUUCGGCUGACCACAGUACUGUUACAGUGUCUAUGUUUGACACUGAUGAUUGCUCUGGUCAACCUGCCAAUUCGACCACUUUUCCAUCGGGUAAAUGUGGAGCCACUGCCAUUUGGGGAUUCACAAAGUCCUACAGUUGUAGUGCAAAAUUACCACCACAACCCAAGAGAUCGUUGAUCAUCUCAAUCUAUGAUGACUGUCAAUCAUCAUCACCACAACCAUCACAACUCACUCAAUACCGUUGGAUUCCAACUUACAAGUGUAUGGCAUUGGAAAAAUGUGAUCUCUAUUGUCCUCCACUCACGCCAACAGGAGGACCAGUUACAAGUGGUAGUGCCACUGCUCGUUCUGGUGGCUCUGGUAGCUCCAGUGGUGGUUCUAGUGGCUCUGGUAACUCUGGUAAUUCGGAUGGCUCGGCUGGCUCAGCUAGCUCUGCCUCUGCUAGUUCUGCAUCGGCUAGCUCUGCCAGUUCAUCUCGUUCAGCUAGUACUGAUGGUUCAAGUGGUUCAAGUGGUUCAAGUGGUUCCAAUGCCCGUUCAAAUAUUAACCAACAACAACCAUCAACAAGAUUGGCCUCAUCAUUCUUUACACAACAUUAUACUACACAAGAAGAAAAGAUGGAUCAGUAUUGGGAUCUUGUAGAUUCUAUCAUUGGGUUUGAUAGUCCAGAUCACCAUGCAUCGUUGUAUGAUAAUGCUCAACCAAUAGAACAAGAAAAUUCAUUUAGUGUAACUGGAAGUGGAUUUUCAACUGGAAGUGGUAGUAUUGGUGGAGGUAAUGUAGUCGGUAUAUUCUUUGGUUUGGUAGUAUGUAAUAGCACCAAUAAUAUGGUAUACACCUAUUAUAAUGGUUAUCAAUCUGGUAGUGGACCAAUGGCAUUAUCUACUGGAAAGUUUUCAUCGGGUGACCCAUACUAUACAUCAACUGGUGGUUCUCAAAUGACCUCAAUGCCAACCCCCUCAUCAUCUGGUGGAUCUGCAACCUCUGGUAGUAGUUAUCAAACUCCAAAUGGAUGUAGUAUAUAUAUUUCCUCCAAGAAUGGAGCAAAGAAUGACCAACAAUGCUAUCAAAAUCAAUUAAUCUCUAUUACCUGUGUUGCUCCAUUCGGUCAAGAAAAUGCAUUUUAG